UGCAGGGUGCUCCAGGCGUGAGUCCUGAGAGCACCUCAUAGGCGCACCAGCCAAUCCCAGGCACCAGGAGCAUGAACCGUAUGUAGCACAGUGUAAAAAGCGAGGUAAAGAAAAUAGGGUGUAAACUGUUACCAUAUAUUGGAAGGCAGGAGACCUGAUUUUUGGGGGCUACGAUUCCUGUGCUGCUUAGCGAUCGGCAUGCAUGUACAAAGGUGUUGAGGGAAAGCUAAGAGAAUGAAGGCUCUAAGUCCCCAGUGGAAGCAUGAUAUGGCGAUGCAGUGCUGGUGCUGAAUUGUUCUCUCUGAUGGCUCUAUGGGAGUGGAUAGCACUGAGUCUUCAUUGCUGGGUUUUAGCAGUUGCUGCUGUUUCGGAUCAGCAUGCCACAAGCCCCUUCGACUGGCUCCUCUCUGAUAAGGGACCCUUCCAUCGUUCACAGGAAUACACAGAUUUUGUGGACAGAAGUCGACAGGGAUUUAGCACAAGAUACAAGAUUUACAGAGAGUUUGGCCGCUGGAAAGUAAACAAUCUUGCUGUUGAAAGACGCAAUUUUCUUGGCUCCCCACUGCCACUUGCCCCUGAGUUCUUCCGUAACAUAAGGCUACUAGGACGUCGCCCAACGCUUCAGCAGAUCACAGAGAACCUGAUCAAGAAAUAUGGGACACACUUCCUACUCUCAGCUACCUUGGGAGGAGAGGAGUCGCUCACAAUUUUUGUGGACAAAAGGAAGCUGAGCAAGAGGUCAGAUGGAAGUGAUCCCAGCACCAACAGCUCUGUGGUGACUCUGGAGACCUUGCACCAGCUCGCAGCCUCCUACUUCAUUGACAGGGACAGCACACUGCGCAGACUCCAUCACAUCCAGAUAGCUUCCACUGCCAUAAAGGUAACAGAAACGCGGACUGGUCCUCUUGGCUGCAGUAACUAUGACAACCUAGAUUCUGUCAGUUCUGUUCUGGUUCAGAGUCCUGAAAAUAAGAUUCAGUUGCAAGGUCUUCAGGUCAUCCUGCCUGAGUACCUGCAAGAACAUUUUGUCCAGGCAGCUCUGAGCUAUAUUGCCUGCAAUUCAGAGGGAGAGUUCAUCUGCAAGGACAAUGAUUGCUGGUGUCAGUGUGGUCCCAAAUUCCCCCAGUGCAAUUGUCCCUACAUGGACAUUCAAGCCAUGGAAGAGAACCUGGUCCGCAUAAGUGAAACUUGGAAUGCAUAUAACAGUGAAUUUGAAGAAUCUGAUGAAUUCAAAUUAUUUAUGAAAAGGCUGCCCAUGAAUUAUUUUCUGAACACAUCUACUGUAAUGCAUUUGUGGACAAUGGAUUCUAAUUUUCAACGUCGCUAUGAGCAAUUAGAAAACAGCAUGAAGCAACUAUUUCUCAAGGCACAGAAGAUUGUUCACAAGCUCUUUGGCCUUAGUAAGAGAUGUCAUAAACAGCCACUCAUCCGUAUGCCAAAGCAGAGAUCCUCCAACUAUUGGCUCAACCGCAUCCAAUCCUUUCUCUACUGCAAUGAAAAUGGCCUUCUGGGAAGCUUUUCUGAAGAGACCCACACAUGCACCUGCCCUAAUGACCAGGUUGCCUGCCAUGGGUUCCUUCCCUGCACAGUUGGAGAUGGCUCUGCUUGUCUGAGCUGCGCUCCUGACAAUCGUACCCGCUGUGGAAGCUGUAAUGCUGGAUACAUGCUAAGCCAGGGGAUUUGCAAGCCUGAAGUGGCAGAAUCAACAGAGCACUACAUUGGGUUUGAGACUGACCUUCAGGACCUGGAAAUGAAGUAUUUACUGCAGAAGACAGAUCGGAGAAUUGAGGUGCAUGCAAUUUUCAUCAGCAAUGACAUGCGCCUCAACAACUGGUUUGAUCCUUCUUGGCGCAAGCGAAUGCUCCUUACUCUUAAGAGUAACAAGUACAAGUCUAGCCUGGUCCAUAUGAUACUAGGCCUCUCUCUUCAAAUCUGCCUAACUAAAAACAGCACCUUAGAGCCUGUUCUUGCUGUUUAUGUCAACCCUUUUGGGGGCAGCCACUCUGAGAGCUGGUUUAUGCCUGUGAAUGAAAAUAAUUUCCCAGACUGGGAGCGGACUAAGUUGGACUUACCCCUUCAGUGUUAUAAUUGGACACUGACUCUGGGCAACAAGUGGAAGACAUUUUUUGAAACAGUACACAUCUAUUUGAGGAGUCGAAUAAAGUCAAAUGGUCCAAAUGGCAACGAAAGCAUCUACUAUGAACCCCUGGAAUUUAUUGAUCCCUCAAGAAAUCUGGGCUACAUGAAAAUCAAUAACAUCCAAGUGUUUGGCUACAGCAUGCACUUUGACCCAGAAGCAAUUAGAGACUUGAUUUUGCAGCUGGACUACCCCUAUACUCAGGGAUCACAGGACUCCGCACUUUUGCAGCUGUUAGAGAUACGUGAUCGUGUAAAUAAACUCUCUCCACCUGGUCAACGUCGUCUAGACCUCUUCUCUUGCUUGCUCCGUCAUAGACUCAAACUGUCUACCAGUGAAGUGGUGAGAAUUCAAUCUGCUUUGCAGGCAUUUAAUGCCAAAUUGCCAAACACAGUGGAUUAUGACACAACCAAAUUAUGUAGUUAACCAUAAAUGUGAAGCACAACACAAAACCUUGAAGGAGUUUUUACAGUGCUUUUGUGGAACAGUUUAUGUUUGGAAGAGUAAAUUUAAAUUGUCUUUUCAAUAUCUGUCUUAUAUCAGUCAAUACUGUUGGAUGGCAAUUUACACACAUGAACUUGCUGACAAUGAAUAUAUUAUACCUGCAGUUUUGGUUUAUGAAUGAAAUAAAUACUGACACCAGUCUAGAAGACAUUCUACUUUUUACAAUAAAUUUCAUUUGUAAUUUUAUAUGUUCCGUGGCAAUGCUUUUGUGCAUUACAUCCUCUAGAGGGAACAUAGAAGGAUACCAAUAAAAUUUUGUAGCUGAACAGUUAUUAAAAAGAAAUGCUGUGGGAUUCUUUCUUCUUACACAAAAGCAGUAAUCUUGAUAUACUUUUGUGUGUGUUGAACACACGUUGCAGGUAAAUAAAAUACAGUGACUCAUGGUUUCAACAGAAAACACAGAAAAGUCUAAACUGUGGAAUAUUUUCUUCUUAGGAAUUAGGUCUAAAUGUUUAUUCUGAGCAGAAGUGACAACAGUAGCAAUGCUUCACUUGCUAAACCUCUGAGACUUGAAAAGGCUUGCCCUUUUCAAGCUGCUUAACAUGUCAUACUGACUCCUAGAGUUGCAAUAUUGAGUGUUUUAGGAUGGACAGUGUGAGGUGCACAGUAAUGAAAGGUUGCAUUCUCUCAACAGCAGACAGGUGAAAAUCUAUCUAUGCAACUGAUCUUAUUCACCUUACAAAAGAGAAAACCAUCUUCACAAAAGUUUUCAGAAGUCUCCAUAAUCCUUUACUGUGCCUGAAUAUUUUGUGUAUUUAUAGAAAGAAUAAAUAUUAAAGCACAUGCAUACUAUUGUCCAAGGACACACUCUGAAAUGUUCACCUUGAAAUACCUGUUUUCAACUACUUCCCUAAGCAUCAUUCAUGCUGUCAAGAUUCAAAUUCAAUAUAAAACAUUUUCUAAAAAUAAAACAGUUUAAUCU